AUUGAAAAGCUUAAAAAUUUCACAGAAGAUAAAUAUACAAAUGUGCAAAAGUUUAUUAAUAUAAAUCGUGCUAUCGAAAUUAAACGUUAACUUUUGUUAAUAAAAAUUUUUAAAACGUUUCUUAUUUGGUAUAAUCGUUAUGUUAUCUAAAUUAAAUUUUGUUAAAUUCACCGUACGAGGUGUGUUUGCUUUACGUUGUGUCUGCAACAGACGCAUUUGGUCGCCGUCUGCGCUAAAUGCGCCGUACGAAUGCAGCAUACUGUCGCAACAACGGCAGUAUUCCCAGCGAAUGUUCUAUCAUAAUCCAGAGGCGCACGCAACCGGUGCCAAGCGACAGCAAUAUCUACUAGAGCAACAGAAGACCACGAAAUAUCAGCCAUUAAUAUGUGCGUCUGGCGCUGCGUUAAGCAAACGCACAGCCAUACCGUCAAUGAUAACCCACCAGCGGCAUCUUGGCCGUAUGCAGAUCCUAUUGAACGGGCCACGACCAUCCAGCGAACUGGCAUCCAGCAACAGCGUUGACAUUUUAAGUUUCAGGGCAUAUUCAACGGAUUUAGUUCGAGAAAAGUUGCUUACCUCGGUGGCUCGACCCGCCAAGAAAACGAAGCGCAAAGUAACCGUUGUGGGAUGCGGUCAAGUGGGCAUGGCUGCAGUGAUGAGCAUACUUUCGCAAAAUGUCUCGAAUGAAGUGUGCAUUAUAGAUGCCAACGAGAAAUUGGUGAAUGGCGAAAGCAAAGACAUGCAACAUGGUUCCGUGUUUCUAAGGGAUGCCACAAUUGUUGGCAAUACAGAUUACAAAGCUUCCGAGGAUUCAGCUGUUUGUGUUGUCACAGCUGGUGCUCGGCAAAAGGAGGGGCAAACUCGUUUGGAUCUGUUGAAAACGAAUUUGAAGAUUUUAGAUCAAAUAAUACCACAACUUGUGAAGUACUCACCCGAUAUGAUACUAGUUAUGGUCUCGAAUCCCUGUGAUAUUUUGACACAUGGUGCUUGGGUCAUUUCUGGCUUACCCAAAGAACGUGUAAUUGCAACCGGCACACACUUGGAUACCGCACGGUUUCGUUACUUUAUUGGACAACGUCUGGGUGUCGCACCGAGCUCGGUACAAGGCUAUAUUAUUGGUGAACAUGGUGACAGUUCAGUGGCAGUUUGGAGCUCCGUUAGUGUGGGUGGUAUACGCUUUGCUGAUCUACUGAAAUGUGUGGGUUCCGAGGGUGACACCGAUCAAUGGGGAGAAGUGCACAAAAAAGUCGUUAAGGCUGCCUAUGAAGUGAUCGCCGGUAAAGGUUACACCAAUUGGGCAAUCGGCUUGACAACGGCGUCUGUAGUUUCGACGAUUUUGGAUAACAAAAAGGAGGUUGUCACAGUUUCUACCCUAGCAAAGGAUCGUCAAGGCAUUGAACACGAUAUUUUCUUAUCCUUACCGGUAGUACUCGGUGCAAAUGGUGUAAGCUCCUAUAUAAAUCUACAGCUUAGUGAGAGCGAACAAGAAAAUCUGUGCAAAUCAGCCGAAGCUAUAAAUAAAGCAAUAAAAUCUAUAUGUGGCUAGAACGGUAGUGUUCCAAUUGAUUUUGUAUUUGAAGUAUAUUUUAUGUAAAUGAUCGUUAAUGUACAAUAAAAACAAUUUCUUAAAAUAAGCGUAUUAUUUUAGGAAAUUGUUUUUCUUUGCCAUUAAAGAGAUUCGUAACUCGUGUUACUGAUUUUUCGAUAAUUUAUUGAAAUAUGCAAAGUUAUGAGUAUGCAAAGUAAGAGAGAUAGUGAGGGAAAGGUCCACUAACUCUAUAAAAAAGUUACUUUUUGGUAAUAAAAGAAACCAUAUGAAAUUUCUUAUAA